GGAGGGCCAGGCCGGCGGGCGAGCGGGCUGGCGAGCAGAGCCGCACGGUUCGGAGGCGUCGCGGAGCUGGGGGCGGCGCGGCGCGGAGGCAGGGGAGCGAGAGGGGCCCCUGCCCAGGACGCCGGGGUGGGAGGCCCGAGGGGAGGGCCCGGCCUCGAGCUGAGCCUGGAGCUGUCCGGCCCGGGCAGGCCCUGGGAGCCCGGGGGAGGGGGAAGAGUGAUCCUGAAGGGACUCAAAGUCCCUUUCUGGUCCUAGUUGUCCUUUGAACUCUGGGAGUACUUUGUGUCCCUUGGUCUGAGACCCCGUGGGGGCUCCAGGCCCCCUUCCGAGCCGUAGGGGCUACUCGGCCUCCUUUCCUGGACUCCACUGUGCCACUCAACCUUCCUAGUGGCCUUCUCUGAUCUCUGGUCUGAAUGGCUAGGGAGGCCCCCAACCCCUUUUCCUGAACUCCAGCCGGGCCCCAGGGCUCCCCUGAACCCCCGCCAGGACUCUCCCGAUCCCCUGCUGUGAAGGCUGGGAUCCACCGGCUCCCUGAGACGGGAGAAGUCUGCCCUCCUUCUGAGCUCCUCUGGGGGACCCCAGUUUUCCUUUACUGAAUCCCAGAGGGGACCCGAGUUCUCUUUCCUCAAACUGAGCCUAAAGGAACCCAACCCAGGUCUCCUUUCAAACUCAAGUCCCCUUCCUGGGCACCCCAAACUCUGAGCCUCCGUGGGGUGUUCCGACCCCUUCCCUGAAGAAAGCCAGUUUCCUUUUUGUUUAUCCUCCCGGCGGGACCUGGGGCAGCCCCUCAGGGCUUGGCGGGAGCCUGUUCUGCCUCCAGAGCCCCCAGGGCCGCUCUGGGGACCCAGGCUCUACCUCCGGGCUUGAGGGGGGCCUUGCUUUUUCUGGGGGCCCCAUCUUCUUUGCUGAGUUCUUGAGGGCACGCCAGGCCCUCCUCUGAACCUCAGGCGUACCCAGCUCGGGGAUCUGGUUUUGUCUUCUCUAAAUCCCAGAGGCGACACCGACUUUCCCAGCUGAGGUUCCCGGGCGGACUGGCGUCUUCCUGCUUAAUCACCCGGGGAGACGCAGCCCUGCCCGCUCCGGACCCCAGGCCGCUCCCCGCCCCGCCCCGAGACCCCGCUCGCUCCGCCUCCUGCGACCCUGCCCCGCGCCCCGUCGGAGGUCGGGACGAUGAUGUGGUCCAACUUCUUCAUGCAAGAGGAGAGCCGGCGGCGGGAGGCCGCGGGCCUGCGGCGGGCUCGCGGGCAGCAGGGGGCCGGGCUGACGCCCGAGCGCGAGGGCAAGAUCAAGCUGGCGUCGCUGCUGGCCGCCGUGGGCGCCACGCUGGCGGUGCUGUCCGUGGGCACCGAGUUCUGGGUGGAACUCAACACCUACAGGGCCAACGGCAGCGCCGUGUGCGACGCCGCGCACCUGGGGCUGUGGAAGGUGUGCACCAAGCGACUGUGGCAGGCGGACGUGCGCGCCGGCAGGGAGACCUGCGGCCCCGCGGACCUGCCCGGAGAAGCAAACUGCACCUAUUUUAAAUUCUUCACCACGGGGGAGAACGCACGCAUCUUCCAGAGAACCACAAAGAAAGGCCUGCUGCUCUUGGUGAGCCUGGAGGUGUUCCGGCACUCCGUGCGAGCACUGCUGCAGAGAGUCGGCCCCGAGCCUCCCCCGGCGCCGGCCCUGGCCUACGAGUACUCCUGGUCCCUGGGCUGCGGCUUGGGGGCCAGCGUGGUCCUGCUGCUGGGAGCCGGCUGCUUUCUGGGGCUCUCCCUGCCUUCCUGGCCCUGGGGGUCACUCUGUCGCAAGCGGGGUCACCAAGCCGCCUAGAGCCACCAGUGAACUUCCUUUCCUCUGAGCAACUGCCAAACCCUUACA